AUGUUACACGAAACGUUAGAAACCGUCGGUGGAAAUGCUGGAAGCGGAUACUGGCUGAAGGAGUACAUGGACAGACUUUCGGCUUCUAUAUCGUCGCGAACGGCGUCGUUUCGUAGCUCCGGUAGGUUCUUCAGUGGUGGUGGUGGUGGUGGAAGUAGUCGCAGAAUUGAGCCGGUUGAAUAUGACGUGGACGGUAACAGAAUUGGUGAAGAGAUUACCGAAAUGUUUCGAUGGCUUUCGUCAGGGGUAUGA